GUAAGUUCAAGUUGGUUGAAGUUGGAAAGUCACAAGGAACAAGGAAUAAAAAGUUGAUGAUCAUCAGGUCGUGGAAAUAAAAACGAAAGUAAUGCAAGCUAACGGAGGUUUGCAGAAGAACGCCAUUAGUGCGUUCAUGGAAUAUGGCCAGAAGAUCGGAAAGAAACCAACGCUUGAAUGUCAAGCGAAGAAAGGUGGUCCGCUAUUAUCCGGAAACCCAAUGUUUGUAGCGUACGCGCGCCUUGGAGACAGCCUCAUCUGUCAGGCGGAAGGUCCGAACAAGAAAGAGGCCCAGACCAAGGCAGCAGACAAGGCCCUGAGACUGGAGACCGCCGCCGCCAGCCAGGGCUCUAGAGAUGCUGAGGAGACGUUGGCUAUUCCGGAUAAAGACCCAGUGAGUGCUUUAAUGGAGCAUGCGCAGUCUCGGGGACUCACAGCAACGAUCGAGCAAGCUCCACAAACUGGACCGUCACACUGUCCCACUUUCCGGAUGUAUGCUAAGCUUGGUGAUCGAAAGUUCCGGAUGAUUGAACACGGAAACAAAAAGGAGGGUCGCAAAAAGGCUGCAAACAUCGCACUUUUACAGCUUCAGAGAGAAGGGAAAAUACCAAAACCAAAGUUACGAAGUUCUAGAGGAGCCAGUGGCAGCAGUCCAAGGUGCGACGACUUCAGUGACAUCUGCCCUCCUGGAAGAAAUCCUCUUCAGAUGUUUAACGAGCAUGCGCAGUCCCAGCACUUAACAUGUGAUGUCAUUGAAACGUCCCCACGCAGAGGACCGCCCCAUGAUCUAACGUUUUAUAUGGCUGCCUGUCUUGGUAAACAGAAAUUUAAAUCCGUCACUGGGAAAAAUUUAAAUGAGGCAAAAAAUCGCGCCACAGCGGAAGCUCUGAGACAUUUAAAGAAAAUGGGGAAAUACGAGCUGAAGUCUUCACAGAGAACAACUGAAGAGAUGCCGCACACGAUACAGACUUGGGACGAUAGGAUAGCCGUGGAGACAUUGACGAAAUUUAGAAACUUGGUGGCUACAGAAAACGAGGACUUGUCUGGGCGGAAGGUUCUGGCCGCCAUCUUGUUAUACGAUAAUGAUGAGGAUGAGCUCACGGUGGUCAGUUUAGGGACAGGAAACCGCUGUAUCACGGGAGACCAUCUUUGUGUAGAAGGCACCGUCCUGAACGAUUCUCAUGCCGAAAUCAUCGCUAAAAGAGGCUUUAAAAGGUACAUGUGCGAAGAAAUAUCUCGCGCUCAAACCCGAAGAGGCAGUAAGAUACUGAUGCAAACUUCCUCCGGGACUCUAAAGGUUAUGUCUCAUCUGUCCUUCCAUCUCUAUAUCUCCACGGCCCCGUGUGGUGAUGGGGCAGUCUUUACGCGUGCAGACCCCGAAGAUACUGGAAGAAAUCAUGCUCCAAUAAUCAGAAACCGGCAACAUGGUCUUCUCAGAUCAAAAGUUGAGAACGGUGAGGGGACGAUACCUACAGACGACAUCCCCCAGACACUUGACGGCAUCCGUCGCGGACAGCGCCUGCGCACUAUGUCGUGUAGUGACAAGAUCUGUCGUUGGAACGUUCUUGGAUUACAGGGGGCGCUUUUGUCGCAGUUUUUGGAACCAAUUUAUCUUUCUUCUAUCACACUUGGUAUGUUAUUCAAUGACGGGCACAUGUCACGUGCGAUGUGUUGCCGUGUAGAUCGUGACAGCCGGCCUCUGACCGGUCUACCCCAGGAAUACAGGGCCCAGCACCCAAAACUUGGCUGUGUUACCCGGGUUACCGACACUCGUUCUGUGGACAAAUCCAGCCCAAUCAGCGUCAACUGGAACAUGGCGGAUAACAGUGUAGAAGUGACAGACGGGACACGCGGGAUGACGACACGAAAUACACCAUCCCGUCUCUGCAAAAGGUCGCUGUUUUUAUCCUACUCUCGGAUUGAGCAAAAUAUUGGUCACAGGACCUAUCGAGAAACAAAAGACAUGGCAACGGAAUACUCAGCUGCAAAGGGAGUGUUCGAAUCGGUUAUGGAUGAAAACGGGUACGGUCAUUGGGUCAGAAAACCCCUGGAAGUGGACAUGUUCCAUUUAUAAACUAGGAUUGCUUUACCGACAUUGUAUUAAUUCAUUUAUGAUCAAAUAAAACAGCUCAAAACUUACGUGAUUUGAAAUAUGUGAUGCUGUUUAGGGACCGGCUGUGUGAAGCCUAUAGGUUCUGUUAGUUUACUUAGAAUACUGUAUUUUGCACGUUAUGAGCGAAGUAUACAAAUCAAAUGUCCAAUAGAUUUAUAUUUAAUUUUGUGAAAAUGUUUAAAUUUUCUUAUUGUUUAACAAGUUGCCUAUUUAUAUAAAAAUGCCUCUAAAUUAUCUAAUCUGUUUGUUUUCUUUUUAUCUCCUGACAUAUUCCUUUUUAUGACAUAUUUUACAAGCGUCUUCUUGGGGUUCCAAAACGUAUUCUAUAAUAAAAGUUAUUGUGGCUA